AUGAAAUUAGCCGGAAAGGACGGUGCUACCGGAGGGCGACUCGGACUCGGUCAUAUGUCAGGUGCACCAUCUCGCCACGUGGCAACACUUGCAACAGCCGCCCAUGACGCGGCCGAUCGUCAAGAUGAUCCAUCAAUUUCUCACGGAGAAGGAUAUCCAGAGAUCCAAACGAUAGGCGUGUGCGCGAUGACCGUCUUCGUAUCGGGCCGCGCGUGCAGUUUCAUCGGCGCCCUCAUCGCCAUCAACCAGCUCAACAAGGGCAUCGAACCGAAUGUACGUAUUUGAUAGUAUUUGCAAAGAAAGCCACGUCCCUUUUCCAGAUCUGUGAAAUCAUAACGAACAUCAAGCAACAACGACCAGGAGCCACCGAAUCGUUCGCCCCUUACGCCGGCAUCUAUGCAAUUGUCCUCGAUUACAUUUCGGUUCGUUUUUGGCGUUUUCAACUCGAGAAAUGUGAUGAAAAUUCAACAAUUUUAAUGUUUUGCCUACUUUUUCUGUGUUUUAAUCGAAAUUUUUCAGCGCAAACGUGGCAACAAGAGCAACCCGAACAACAAGAACUUCAUCCAAAAGGUGUUCGGAAACGACAGUUGA